CACACACACAUUAUUACAUACACAUUACAUUCACUUGCACUCUCUCUCUCUCAAAGCGUUUUAUCUUCCUCGCUUGUCAGCUACGAUACUCUCAAUUUGCGUUUUCACAGAGAGAGAGAGAGAGAGAGAGGCUGUACUCUUUCUCGAGGAAGGAGAGAGAGAAAGCACACUGUGACAGCAGCUCCUUCAUGCCAUUCUCUUCCCUCUUCUCUCUUUCUCUCUCUACAUUACUUACAGACCACCAAAAUUUUCAAGCUGAAUGAAACAAUUCUUGAUGUCCUCUCCCUGAAUCUAAGAAAAGGACGCUGCUGUUAGCUUUUGCCUGUGUCGGAUCUGAAGAGAAAACCUUUGAAUUACAGCAAAGCUGGCGGCAACACUGGGUUGGAGGGUUGCUUCUGCCAAUGGCAGUACCAUUCCCCCCAAUGACUUGGAAAGAAACGGGGAAGCUAGAUCUCAUGACCCAGAGCCUCCAACACCCCAUGCACUCAUGAAAUUGAGUUCAAGGGAUAGGAGUAGCAUGGAGGACCCUGAUGGGACAUUAGCAAGUGUUGCUCAAUGCAUUGAGCAAUUGCGACAGAGUUCCUCAUCAUCACAAGAAAAAGAGAAUUCCUUGAGGCAAUUACUUGAGCUAAUUAAUACGCGAGAAAAUGCUUUUGGUGCAGUUGGAUCACAUUCCCAAGCAGUUCCAGUACUUGUGUCUCUUCUUCGGUCUGGAUCCUUUGGGAUAAAGAUACAGGCUGCUACUGUUUUAGGUUCUCUAUGCAAAGAGAAUGAAUUGCGGGUCAAAGUAUUACUUGGAGGUUGCAUUCCCCCAUUGCUUGGUCUUCUCAAGUCAAACUCAGCAGAAGGCCAAAUUGCUGCAGCAAAAACCAUUUAUGCGGUGUCUCAAGGUGGUGCUAAAGAUCAUGUUGGCUCAAAAAUUUUUUCAACAGAAGGAGUUGUUCCUGUAUUGUGGGAACAAUUAGAGAAGGGACUUAAGGCUGGAAAUGUGGUUGAUGACUUACUGACGGGAGCUUUGCGGAAUCUCUCUAGCAGCACUGAGGGAUUUUGGCCCGCAACAAUUCAAGCUGGAGGAGUUGAUAUACUAGUCAAGUUGCUAAUAACAGGCCAAUCAAGUACUCAGGCGAAUGUAUGCUUUCUCUUGGCAUGCAUGAUGAUGGAGGAUGCCUCUGUUUGUUCUAAGAUCUUGGCUGCAGAAGCUACUAAACUACUCCUUAAACUACUUGGACCUGGCAAUGAAGCUUCUGUUAGAGCAGAAGCUGCAGGUGCUCUUAAAUCUCUUUCCGCACAGUGCAAAGAAGCAAGGCGGGAGAUUGCUAAUGCCAAUGGUAUUCCUGUUCUGAUAAACGCUACAAUAGCUCCUUCAAAAGAGUUCAUGCAGGGUGAGUUUGCCCAAGCUUUGCAAGAGAAUGCGAUGUGUGCUCUUGCAAACAUAUCUGGUGGCUUGUCAUAUGUCAUCUCUAGUCUUGGUCAAAGCCUUGAAUCGUGUACCUCUCCUGCACAAGUAGCUGACACAUUAGGAGCAUUAGCUUCCGCUCUGAUGAUAUAUGACAGUAAAGCAGAAUAUGCAAGAGCAUCCGAUCCCACGGAGGUAGAGAAUACGUUGGUACAGCAGUUCAAACCUCGAGUACCGUUUCUGGUCCAGGAGCGUACUAUAGAAGCCCUUGCCAGUCUGUAUGGGAAUGGAAUACUAGCAAGCAAGCUUGCAGAUUCUGAUGCAAAAAGACUGCUUGUUGGUUUGAUAACGAUGGCAACCAAUGAAGUUCAGGAAGAGUUAAUAAGAUCCCUUCUUGUUCUCUGCAACAAUCAAGGUACUUUGUGGCAGGCCCUCCAAGGUCGUGAGGGGAUUCAGCUUUUGAUAUCUCUUCUUGGUCUUUCGUCGGAGCAGCAGCAAGAGUGUGCUGUUGCAUUACUUUGCCUCCUAUCACAUGAAAAUGAUGAAAGUAAGUGGGCAAUUACUGCUGCUGGUGGCAUUCCUCCACUUGUUCAAAUUCUCGAAACUGGGUCAGCAAAAGCUAAAGAAGAUUCUGCAACGAUCCUUGGAAAUCUCUGUAAUCAUAGUGAGGAUAUACGUGCCUGUGUUGAAAGUGCUGAUGCUGUCCCAGCUUUACUCUGGCUGCUGAAGAAUGGGAGCCCCAAUGGAAAGGAAAUUGCUGCGAAGACAUUGAAUCAUUUGAUUCACAAGUCUGAUACAGCAACCAUCAGCCAACUAACUGCAUUAUUGGUCAGUGAUUUGCCUGAAUCCAAAGUUUAUGUCUUAGAUGCAUUAAAAAGUUUGCUCUGUGUGGCCCCUUUAAGUGAUAUGGUACGUGAAGGUAGUGCAGCAAAUGAUGCAAUUGAGACAAUGAUAAAAAUAUUAAGCUCUACUAAGGAAGAGACUCAGGCAAAGUCUGCACUGGCUCUUGCUGGAAUUUUUGAUCUCAGAAAGGACUUGCGUGAAACUAACAUUGCUGUUAAGACUCUUUGGUCAGUCCUGAAGCUACUAAAUGUUGGAUCUGAAAAUAUCUUGGUGGAAGCUUCUCGGUGCCUUGCUGCUAUCUUUCUCUCAGUUAAAGAGAACCGUGAUGUUGCUACUGUUGCCAGAGAUGCUUUGCCUUUGUUGGUGGUGCUUGCUAACUCUUCAGUAUUGCAGGUGGCAGAGCAAGCAGUUUGUGCUUUAGCCAAUCUCCUUUUAGAUAGUGAAGCUUCAGGAAAAGCUAUCACGGAAGAAAUUAUUUUACCUGCCACAAGAGUUUUGCGUGAAGGCUCAAAUGUUGGAAAGACACAUGCCGCAGCAGCAAUUGCCCGGCUUCUCCAUUCUCGCAAAAUUGAUUCUGCUUUAACUGAUUGUGUAAAUCGUACUGGAACUGUACUUGCUAUAGUUUCUUUCCUGGAAGCUGCUGAUGGAUCUGUUGCUACAUCAGAGGCACUAGAUGCACUGGCUCUCCUCUCGAGUUCUGUUGAAGAUAUAGGACACGUAAAACCUGCUUGGACGGUUCUUGCUGAAUAUCCAAGUAGCAUUACCCCAAUAGUUUCAUGUAUUGCUGAUGCCACACCACUGUUGCAGGAUAAGGCUAUAGAAAUCUUAUCACGUCUCUCCCGCGCUCAACCCCUAAUUCUUGGAAACACAGUUGCCUGUGCCACUGGAUGCAUUUCAUCUAUUGCACAAAGGGUAAUCAGCUCCUCAAAUAUAAGGGUUAAAAUUGGAGGAACCGCACUUCUUGUUUGUGCUGCAAAAGUUGAUCAUCAAAGAGCAGUUGAAGAUUUAAAUGGAUCUAACUUGUGUGCUUCACUCAUCCAUUCUCUUGUUGGAAUGUUGACUUCUGCAGAGUCUUCUCAAGUUGGCGAUCAGGGUAACAAGGAUGUCAUAAGCAUCUCCCGGAUAACUGAAGAAGAAGCAAGUGAACAUGACUUGGAGAGAAGUACAUCAGUCAUCAGUGGUGCCAAUAUAGCUAUAUGGCUUCUUUCUGUCCUUGCUAGUCGUGAUGAUAAAAGUAAACUCGAGAUCAUGGAGGCUGGUUCAAUUGAAGUUCUUACUGACAAGAUUUCUCAGUCCUUUUCACAGUUUACACUGGCUGAUUAUAAAGAAGAUAGCAGCAUAUGGAUUUGUGCCUUGUUGUUAGCAAUCUUAUUACAAGAUAGAGAUAUCAUACGUGCACCUGCAACUAUGAAAGCAAUUCCUGUACUGGCUAGUUUGUUGAGGUCAGAGGAGGGAGCAAACAGAUAUUUUGCUGCCCAAGCCGUGGCCAGUCUUGUCUGUAAUGGUAGCAGAGGAACUCUUCUGUCUGUGGCAAAUUCAGGGGCAGCAGCAGGGCUGAUUUCCUUGCUUGGCUGUGCUGAUGAUGACAUACAUGACCUUCUAGAAUUGGCUGAGGAGUUUUCUUUGGUUCAAUAUCCUGAUCAAGUAGCCCUUGAGAGAUUAUUUAGGGUUGAUGACAUCAGACUUGGUGCAACUUCGAGGAAAGCUAUACCAGCUCUUGUUGAUUUGCUUAAACCUAUUCCAGAUCGCCCUGGUGCGCCUUUUCUUGCUCUGGGACUUUUAAUCCAGCUUGCUACAGAUUGCCCUUCUAAUCAAAUCGUUAUGGUAGAGUCAGGGGCCCUGGAAGGGUUGACAAAGUAUCUUUCUCUUAGCCCCCAGGAUGCGUAUGAAGAAGCUGCUACGGACUUACUAGGCAUUCUGUUUAGUACAGCUGAGAUAAGGAGACAUGAGUCUGCAUUUGGUGCUGUCACUCAACUUGUAGCCGUUUUGCGUUUGGAGAAGGAGCAACAUGCUGCUAUUGCUGCAUUGGUUAGAUUGCUGAAUGAGAACCCAUCACGGGCCCUUGCAGUUGCUGAUGUUGAGAUGAAUGCCGUUGACGUGCUAUGCAGGAUUCUCUCAUCGAAUUACUCAAUGGAGCUGAAGGGGGAUGCUGCUGAGUUGUGCUGUGUACUUUUUGGCAACACGAGAAUAAGAUCUACUCUAGCAGCGGCCCGCUGUGUUGAGCCUUUAGUUUCUCUGCUUGUUACCGAGUAUAGUCCAGCACACCAUUCCGUUGUCCGUGCAUUAGAUAAACUCCUAGAUGAUGAACAGCUGGCAGAACUUGUUGCUGCACAUGGUGCUGUCAUCCCUCUUGUGGGUCUUCUCUAUGGUCGGAAUUAUUUGCUCCAAGAAGCUAUAUCGAGAGCUCUCGUUAAGUUGGGUAAAGACAGGCCUGCCUGUAAGAUGGAAAUGGUGAAAGCUGGAGUGAUUGAAAGCGUGCUUGAUAUACUUCAUGAAGCACCAGAUUUCCUUUGUGCUGCUUUUGCUGAGUUGCUCAGAAUACUAACAAACAAUGCAACCAUUGCGAAAGGUCCAUCAGCAGCAAAAGUGGUUGAGCCUCUGUUCCUGUUACUGACGAGACCGGAGUUCGGGCCUGAUGGACAACAUAGUGCAUUGCAGGUUCUUGUGAAUAUUUUAGAGCAUCCACAGUGUCGCUCUGAUUAUACCCUCACAUCUCGGCAAGCCAUAGAACCCCUUUUAUCCUUGCUCGACUCUCCUGCUUCAGCAGUGCAACAGUUGGCGGCUGAGCUUCUGUCCCACCUGCUUUUGGAGGAGCAUCUUCAGAGAGAUUCCCUGAUACAGCAAGUUGCUUCGUUCAGGAACAGAGGCCACAGUUAUUGGUGCACUAAAUGCUCUUCUGGUGUUGGAGAGUGA